AUGAAGCAACACAUCAUUCUAGUAGCAGCAGUUGCUGUAGUCUUGGGACUCAUUGAAGGAGGAUUUUCAUUUCCGGCGGACCAACGAGAAGCAGACACACUUUGGCCAAUUCCACACAAGAACGGCAGUUUUCGGUGGAUGACAGAGACUGAAGCAGCUAAAGAGGCAAAUGGCGCGGAAUUCAAUCAGACAUUUGACAGCAUUAAGUUCUUCUUAUACACUGAGGCAAAUCCAACCGAACCAACAGAAAUCAUCAAGGACGACUUGAAAUCGUUGGCACGUUCAAACUUCGACUCCAAGAAUCCAACCAGAUUCAUGAUUCAUGGCUGGAUGAGUGGCUACGGAGCAGGAUGGUCCAUUCGUGAGGCUCUUUUGAUGAACGGGACAAACAGGCAGUACAAUUUCAUUUCGGUUGAUUGGAGCGUUUACGCCAGAUCGAUGUUCUAUAUCUCUUCGCAAAGGAAGUGCUCCAAGGUGGGUAAGAUUAUCGCCGAAUUCAUCGAUUGGCUGCAUGAUGAAACAAACCUGUCGUUCGAUUCGCUGGCCAUCUAUGGAAGUAGUUUGGGUGCACAUGUUGCAGGAUUCGCCGGAAAGAACGUGAAGCGUGGAAAAGUCCAGACCAUCGUUGGUUUUGAUCCAGCAAUGCCACUUUUCCGAUAUGACAAGCGGGAAAAACGUUUAUCUUCAAGUGACGCUGUGUAUGUUGAAACAAUUCAAACCAAUGGCGGAUUCUUGGGUUUCUAUGAACCUAUUGGAAAGGCAGCAUUCUACCCGAACGGUGGAAAGUCACAACCAGGAUGCGAUGGUUAUUUCUUCUGUUCUCACGGACGAUCUCUGGAGUAUUUCGCCGAAGCACUUUUGCAGGAAAAGAAUAAUACGUUCUUUGCAAUAGAAUGCAGUGAUCUUGAGAGCAUGCAGAACGCAGCUUGUGGUGGAAGAGUAACCGGAGUCCGAUUAGGUGAUCCAAAUAAUGUCAAGAAAGCGAAGGGUAUUUACUAUUUACCAACAAAUAGUCAAUCACCGUACUCUAUCAUUAAGAAACUUUAA